AUGGUUGUGGCGAUGUUGUCAAUUGCCCGAGCAAUUUCCCAGUACGGUGGUCCGAAUCAACCGAAACCAACCAAGGGCUUGAGGAACAACUUGAACAUCAUCAACCUGGCUCCAAUGAAGGCUUUAGCCGUUGAGACCGUACGUAAGAUGGUAAAAAGGGUUAGUGACGGGAACAGUCGUUAA